AUGGGCAACGCGGGGAGCAUGGAUUCGCAGCAGACUGAUUUUAGGGCGCACAGCGUGCCUUUGAAGCUGCCAAUGCCCGAGCCAGGUGAACUGGAGGAGCGAUUUGCCAUCGUGCUGAAUGCUAUGAACUUACCCCCUGACAAAGCCAGGUUACUGCGGCAGUAUGACAAUGAGAAAAAGUGGGAACUGAUUUGUGAUCAGGAACGAUUCCAGGUGAAGAACCCUCCCCAUACUUACAUUCAAAAGCUCAAAGGCUAUCUGGAUCCAGCUGUAACCAGGAAGAAAUUCAGACGGCGUGUUCAAGAAUCCACACAAGUGCUAAGAGAACUGGAAAUUUCUUUAAGAACCAACCAUAUUGGGUGGGUCAGAGAGUUUCUGAAUGAAGAAAACAAAGGUCUUGAUGUUCUGGUGGAAUAUCUGUCAUUUGCGCAGUAUGCAGUAACUUUUGACUUUGAAAGCGUGGAAAGCACUGUGGAGAGCUCGGUGGACAAAUCAAAGCCCUGGAGCAGGUCUAUUGAGGACCUGCACAGAGGGAGCAACCUGCCCUCCCCUGUGGGCAGCAGUGUAUCCCGCUCGGGAAGACAUUCUGCACUGAGGUAUAAUACUUUGCCAAGCAGAAGAACCCUGAAAAAUUCAAGAUUAGUGAGUAAAAAAGAUGACGUGCAUGUCUGUAUCAUGUGUUUACGUGCCAUCAUGAAUUAUCAGUAUGGUUUCAACAUGGUCAUGUCUCAUCCACAUGCUGUCAAUGAGAUUGCACUAAGCUUGAACAACAAGAAUCCAAGAACAAAAGCCCUUGUCUUAGAAUUGUUGGCAGCCGUUUGUCUUGUCAGAGGCGGGCAUGAAAUCAUUUUAUCAGCAUUUGACAACUUUAAGGAGGUUUGUGGAGAAAAACAGCGCUUUGAGAAGUUGAUGGAACAUUUCAGGAAUGAGGACAAUAACAUAGAUUUUAUGGUGGCCUCUAUGCAGUUUAUUAAUAUUGUAGUCCAUUCAGUAGAAGACAUGAAUUUCAGAGUUCACCUCCAGUAUGAAUUUACCAAGUUAGGCCUGGACGAAUACUUGGACAAGCUGAAACACACCGAGAGUGACAAGCUGCAGGUACAGAUUCAGGCUUACCUGGACAACGUGUUUGACGUGGGGGCUCUGCUAGAAGAUGCCGAAACCAAGAAUGCAGCCUUGGAGAGGGUGGAGGAACUGGAAGAAAACAUCUCUCAUUUGUCUGAAAAACUGCAAGACACGGAGAAUGAAGCCAUGUCCAAGAUCGUGGAACUGGAAAAGCAGCUCAUGCAGAGGAACAAGGAGCUGGAUGUUGUUCGAGAAAUCUACAAAGAUGCAAAUACCCAGGUUCACACAUUAAGGAAAAUGGUCAAAGAGAAAGAAGAAGCCAUUCAAAGACAGUCUACCCUGGAAAAAAAGAUUCAUGAGCUGGAGAAACAAGGGACCAUUAAAAUUCAGAAGAAAGGGGAUGGGGACAUUGCCAUACUGCCAGUCGUGGCUUCUGGCACAUUGCCCACGGGAUCUGAAGGGGCCGCGGGUAACUUUGUGGGACCAAUAACGGGGCCUGCCUCCUCGGGACCCUUGCCCCCUCCUCCACCACCACUACCUCCAUCGUCAGAUGCACCUGAAGCAGUGCAAAAUGGUCCAGUCACACCACCUAUGCCACCGCCCCCUCCACCACCUCCCCCACCUCCCCCGCCCCCUCCGCCCCCUCCUCCUCUCCCGGGUCCUGCAGCGGAGACUGUGCCAGCUCCUCCUUUACCACCCCCCUCCCCCUCUGCACCCCCACUGCCCGGGACGUCUUCACCCACGGUGGUUUUCAACUCAGGAUUAGCAGCUGUGAAAAUUAAGAAGCCAAUCAAGACGAAAUUCCGAAUGCCGGUUUUUAACUGGGUUGCCCUGAAGCCAAAUCAGAUCAACGGCACAGUCUUCAACGAAAUUGAUGACGAGCGAAUUCUGGAGGAUUUAAAUGUAGAUGAAUUUGAGGAAAUAUUUAAGACAAAAGCCCAAGGUCCUGCCAUUGAUCUUUCUUCAAGCAAACAGAAGAUCACACAGAAGGGAUCAAACAAAGUGACGUUACUUGAAGCCAACAGGGCCAAAAAUCUUGCCAUAACUUUAAGGAAAGCCGGAAAGACCGCCGAUGAGAUAUGUAAAGCUAUUCAUGUGUUCGACUUGAAGACGUUGCCUGUGGACUUCGUGGAAUGUUUGAUGAGGUUCUUGCCAACGGAGAACGAGGUGAAGGUGCUUCGGCUCUAUGAGCGGGAAAGGAAGCCCCUGGAACACCUGUCGGAUGAAGACCGGUUCAUGAUGCAGUUCAGUAAAAUCGAGAGGCUCAUGCAGAAGAUGACCAUCAUGGCCUUCAUUGGGAACUUUGCUGAAAGCAUUCAGAUGCUGACUCCUCAACUGCACUCAAUUAUAGCAGCAUCUGUCUCUAUAAAGUCGUCCCAAAAACUCAAGAAAAUUCUGGAGAUCAUCUUGGCCCUUGGGAACUACAUGAAUAGCAGUAAACGAGGAGCAGUUUAUGGAUUUAAACUUCAGAGUUUAGAUCUGCUCUUAGAUACCAAGUCAACAGACCGAAAGCAAACACUGUUGCACUAUAUCUCCAAUGUGGUCAAAGAAAAAUAUCACCAGGUGUCCCUGUUUUAUAAUGAGCUUCAUUAUGUGGAGAAAGCUGCUGCAGUCUCCCUUGAGAAUGUUUUACUGGACGUCAAGGAGCUGCAGAGGGGCAUGGACUUGACCAAAAGGGAGUACACCAUGCACGACCACAAUACGCUGCUGAAGGAGUUCAUCCUCAGCAACGAGGGGAAACUCAAGAAGUUGCAGGACGACGCCAAGAUCGCACAGGACGCCUUCGAUGAUGUGGUGAAGUACUUUGGAGAAAACCCCAAGACAACGCCACCCUCCGUCUUCUUUCCUGUCUUUGUCCGGUUUGUGAAAGCCUAUAAGCAAGCUGAGGAGGAAAACGAGCUGAGGAAGAAGCAGGAACAAGCACUAAUGGAGAAACUUCUGGAGCAGGAAGCCCUGCUGGAGCAGCAGGAUCCAAAGUCUCCUUCCCACAAAUCCAAGAGGCAGCAGCAAGAAUUAAUUGCAGAAUUAAGAAGGCGACAAGUUAAAGAUAAUAGACACGUAUACGAAGGAAAAGAUGGUGCCAUUGAAGAUAUUAUCACAGCUUUAAAGAAGAAUAAUAUCACUAAAUUUCCAAAUGUUCACUCGAGGAUCUUAGAAACCAACCAUACAGACGAGCCGAUGCGGUGAGGAGAAGUGUCAGGCGGCGCUUUGAUGAUCAGAACUUGCGUUCUGUUAAUGGUGCCGAAAUAACCAUGUGAACCUGAGACCUGCCUGUAUGAAUAGAGGGUGUGCGUGAAUGAAACUGUCCACGUGAAUUUUAUGUGCUACCAUUUAACUGCAGCCUUGAACAUAGAUAAAAUAUUCUAAGGGCUCAGAUUUAGCAAACACAUAGGAAUUUAAAAAUGAUGGGCUCUCUCAACCUUUGUUAACAAGUGCCUAUAAAGUGGAAGUACCUGCUCAGAUUAAUCAAAGCAAUAGGGUUUGAUUUGAUUACGUAUCUUUUUACACCAGUAUGUUAUUUAAUUUUUUUAACUAAAAUAGAAAUUUCAUAUUAUAUUCAUUACCUGCCAUUGUGAUUGUCCCAUGAUGGCCCACCCUGGUUUCCUGAUAAGUUGUAAAUAACACGGAUGCAUCUGCUGUGGGCAUCCUUUGCUGAGAUGUCUUUUAAGUACUUAAUUUUGUGUUUCAACCAUACCCAUCAACUUUCUCUAUUUUUAAGGGCUUGCAACAUAGAAGAAGGAAAAAGUCAUGCCAUAAACUCUUUCUGUCUAUAACCAAGCCCCAGCAAAGUACAAACAGGAUGCAGUUGCAGAGGUACACAAGUCAGUCAGCUCUUGUUUCAUGUCCUACUUCUGUGCUGGGGUACGAUGCCCUGGGGGAGACAUUCAUUGGUAUGAAUGAAUGCAAGGAUACGAUGGCAUACGGAUGUUGUACAAGACUUAUUGGCAGUACUGUGUUCUUCAGCUAGAGGCAGCUUUUUAAAAAUACUGCAGAUGUGUUUAUUAGCACUAAAAUUAACAUCUCAGUAAUCAGUAUUAGGAUUUCUGAGGACCAUUAUUGGUCAAUCCUGAGAACAGAAAUCAGUGCCUUGCUAGCCAGGGAGAAGUUCACUAGCUCUAUCAACAAGCAUUCCAGAUUACUUCUGCUAGCAUAGUGUUAGUAACCUGGCCUUAAUUCUCCUCUGACAAUCGCAGGUUUUUGUUUUUUCCUUUUUGUAGAUUGGAGAAGAUAUAUUUGGCAUCACUUACCAAAGCUAAGAAAUUCUCGUAUUUCCCAGGUUACUUUAUGGGAAAUUGCAGUUAAAUUGCUGAAAUACUCACCUUGGGAUUAAGCUUAAAUGGUAUGUAACGGGACUAAACGGCCAACAAAGCCACUGCUGUUUUUCCUUCCUCUCUGGCAGGGCACUCGAUCCAUUCCAAAGUCGAAAACUGGACUGAAGCUAAUUUGUACUUUUCAUAAUAUACAUUCUGCUUCUGGCUUACCUUCUUGGUACAUUACAUCAAUAUAUUAAUUGUAAAGAUUAUUGUAUAGUAUUUAACCACUGAAUUUCUUAUUUUAUGUUGUGCUCAUGUGAACUCCUUGGUGAAGGUCCCAUUUUCCUUGGAUAAUGUGUAGUUAUAUAUCUCUUUUUAAAUGUACAGAUAUUUUGCUAUAAAAUUGGUGCAGUUUUUUUAUGGUUUUUACACUUCUCUUUAAUUCCCACCUAAGCCUCUGGGUAAUAUUGUAAAUAUUGUUUAAAAAUGCAUCAGCCUAUGCUAUACAAUCUGAAUGUUAUUUUAACUUAUAGUUUUUUUUAAUAUAUAUAUUUAACUACAAGGACAGCUUAGGGAUCAGUUACCACAUUUCACUUUAGCGUAUCUAUUUACAGAAAAAUUAAACUGCCACCUGCUAGCACAUUUUCAUAAAUGUGUACUUUAAAAAGAACAUGCCAAGAUUUUGUCUGUUGACUCACCAUUCAUUUUGAUGAAAAAACCAAUUUGACCAUGAGAUGUAACACAAAUAGCUGGUUCUUUACCACAAGCAGCUGUUUUCCAAAGCUCAGUGCUGAUGGACAUACAUGUUAAAAUUAUUGCCUAUUUAUUAAUCGACAAAUAGACAGCAAUGUUGGCAUGUUCUUUUGUUUUGUCUCUUAAUGGGUCUGCUUCUUAGCAAUAUUAGAAAUGUUUUAUAAAAGCAGUUCAUGUUACUUUUCUGGUCUUUUCAUGGCAUUUGAGCAAAUAAACUAUUUACACUACUA